GCGAAAAACCCCUCGGCUCUCUCUCUCUCUCAAACAAGCUUUUCUAAAAGGGAGAAGAGAGAUUUUCAUUACACAGAAGCUUUCCUAGAGGAGAACUCUCUCUCUCUCUCUCUCUCUCUCUCUCUCUCUCUAUCUCUCUCUCUCUCUCUGUCUCUCUCUCAUGGCUCUCGCCACCGCGAGGCAACGACGCCCUCCCACCUCAUCUUCGCCUUCUACGGAGAGCUACACCAAGGAGGACAAACCACAGAAGAAAUUGGACGGUGGAGAGAAGACGGAUGGCGGAUCCAUGAGCUGGAAGCUCCCGUUCUUCGCACUGGUAAUCCUCCGAUACAUGAGCGCGACAUCCAACAUCAUACACGACUGCGACGAGGUCUUCAAUUACUGGGAGCCUCUACAUUUUCUCCUCUUCAAAUCCGGAUUCCAGACCUGGGAAUACAGUUCUCAGUUUGCUCUCCGGUCUUAUCUCUACAUUCUUUUUCACCAACUAGUGGCCAUACCUGCUUCCUGGUUUUUCAGCGAGGAAAAAGUUAAAGUGUUUUAUUCGGUAAGACUCUUCCUUGGACUCAUAUCAGCAAUCACAGAGACAGUUCUGAUUGUGGCCCUUUCUAGGAGAUAUGGAAAACGGCUCGCUUCUUAUGCACUCGCAAUGCUAUGCUUAACCAGCGGUUGUUUUUUUGCUAGUACAAGUUUCUUGCCGAGUUCAUUCUCCAUGUAUGCUGUCACUCUUUCAUCAGCACUAUUCCUUCUUGGGAAACCUGCAAUGGCAGUUUCAGUAGCAGCUGCAGGGGUCCUCCUUGGUUGGCCAUUCUCCAUCCUAGCUGUUUUACCACUUACAAUUUACUCCUUAGUUACUGGAAGAUUCAUCCGGGUGUUUCUUUCAGGCGCAGCAACUUCUCUUGCCACUCUUGCACUCUCAGUACUUAUCGAUUACUACUACUAUGGGAAAUGGACGUCAUCUGUGCUUAAUCUGUUGAUAUAUAAUGUCUUGGGAGGUGGCGAGAGCCAUUUGUAUGGGACUGAAGGGCCAUUGUAUUAUUUGAGGAAUGGAUUUAAUAAUUUCAAUUUUAGUUUCAUUCUUGCAUUACUGUUCUUGGGAAUUCUGCCUAUUGCAAGGAAAAAGUAUGCCCCAGACCUGCUGGUGGUAGUCUCUCCAAUUUAUAUCUGGUUGGCAUUUAUGUCGUUGCAGCCCCACAAAGAAGAAAGGUUCCUUUAUCCAGUAUACCCACUGAUUUGUGUCGCUGCUGCAGCUGUCAUUGAAAGCUUUCCAGAUCUUUUCCGAGAUAAGUUUGGAGUCAUUGAAGAUUCUCCAGUUGUUAUGGUUGCGAAAAUUCUCAGACCUGUGGUUCUUGGCCUCAUAUUAUGCGCAUCGCAUGCUCGGACAUUCUCAUUGAUGCAUGGAUACUCAGCACCUAUGGAGAUUUACAAGCAUUUAGAACAUCAUGAUGAUGCUGGAGUAGGUUCUACGCUUUGUGUUGGAAGCGAAUGGCAUAGGUUUCCUUCAUCUUUUUUCAUCCCUUCACAUGUGGGCGAAGUACGAUGGAUUGAUGAUGGUUUCCAAGGGCUUCUUCCAUUUCCAUUCAAUUCAACUCUUGGAGGAACUGCAGCAGCGCCACCUUAUUUCAACAAUAAGAACAAGGCAUCUAAUGAGCAAUAUCUCAGGGAUCUUGAUGCCUGUACUUUCCUGGUGGAGCUGGAUCUGAAGCGGCCAUAUGCUACCCGAGGAAGUGAUUUAUCGACGUGGGAGACCGUUGCUGCGAUACACUAUCUAGACAGGGAGAUGUCACCCGCUAUGUAUCGGUCAUUCUUCAUCCCAUAUCUGUGGCAAGCAAAGAAUGUGUUUGGCCUGUACAAAUUGCUUAGGAGAAUACCAAAGUGACACAGGAUAAUGCGUAAUUACCUCCCGUGGAAAUAGUUGCAAAUUCACCAUUUUGGGGAUAGAGGGGCAAUGCAACCCCACCAUGCUACUGUUUGGAAGUCCAAUCAUCCUCUCUGCAACUGCUUGUAGCUUUUAGGUUGAUUUUGUAAUGGUAUGCUAACUGGAUUCUCUUAUUCCAUCACAGACUGACCAGCUUAACCAAAUGGGGAUGUUGUCCUGAAGUUUUGUUAUCUGGAGAAUUGUAGACUGGCCAUUUUGUUACUCAAUGCUCGCAGUUGAAUCA